AUGGCGGUAACUGAGAGGUCAGAGGUCAAACCACAGCCUCAGCUCCUGUCUGUGGGUCUCAUGGGGUCACACUGUGUACUCUCACCCUCCUACUCUCUCACUCUCCCCCUCAGUCACCCUCUCACUCUCCCCCUCAUUGACCCUCUGGACCAUCAACACUUGUUGAUGGUCCAGUGUUGGUGGUCCAGUGUUGGUGGUCCAGUGUUGAUGGUCCAGUGUUGGUGGUCCAGUGUUGGUGGUCCAGUGUUGGUGGUCCAGUGUUGGUGGUCCAGUGUUGGUGGUCCAGUAUUGAUGGUCCAGUGUUGGUGGUCCAGUGUUGGUGGUCCAGUGUUGAUGGUCCAGUGUUGA